GUGCGAUUCUGAUUAAUGUGUCUUUGUUUAGAGUUUGUAUCCACGCUUUCGGCAUCGGUAUCUCUUUUAUUAGUGUCUCACGGAGUCGGACGGUCCCUGUUCGGGCGCCAUGUAACGACCUGUCCUUCCCCUACGGUCGUGCGGGUGGACGGGGUUAGGGGAAAUAGGUCAGAGACACAUUCGAAUACUUUCGUUAGUCUGUUUUAACUGUAUUUAUUGAGAUAAUGAUGGUUUAUUAUAUUAACAAAGGUAAAAUGUCCGCGUCGUGUUCUUGUCGCAGAUUGCCGAAAACGUGUUUACUUGUUGUUAAAGAGAUCGUUGUUUUCGCGCUCGGAGAAAAGAAUCCCGUGCCUCGCUUGGCGUGACGUGUACGGGGUCUGCGGCGCGUCUCGCGAUUGUCGGCAGUCUCGUGUACGUGCGUCUGAUGGUGGGGGGACGCGCGCGUCUGUUAUUCGGGGAGGAAUAUCGGUUCCUUGGCGGCGGCUAGCCGGAAAUGUCCGGCCGGGGCAGGAUGCUUCCUUACCUCGGUAGCCUUGUGCUAGGAAUCGACGGGAGGGUAGGAUUUCGGCGGGCCGGUAAUGUCCGGCGGAGGCGGGAUAGCCCUAACCCCUUGCUUAAGCCGUGUGGGAAAAAGGAAUUUGGAGUUUUCCAGAUUUCUGUGAGAACGCCGGUAAUAUCCGGCCGGGGCCACUGUACGUAGACCUCUGGUUUCUCUAAGAUCUGGUCGACGGAGGCGAGCUCGGCUCGCCGGAGGAGAUCUGCCUGUUCCUCCGUUUCGGCCGUCUUUUUAUACCCCGGUGGAGCCCCCCCCCCCUGUCUCGUCGUGGGGGUGUCGUAUCGGGGGGAAUCGUCUCGUCAUUUGCGGGUGCGAAUUCGAACGUUUCUAACGGCCGGGUAUCGUUUUUAAUCCGGAGGUCGUCGGCCUUCCUUGCUUCGCGCGGUUCGUCAUCGGCACAAGGCGCCUGCGCGAGCUGUCAGCCGAUGCGCGGCCUGUGUGCUGUCGUUCGUCGGAGUGAACGGCCGCGGUAGUGGGGAGUCUUAGGCGGGCGCGGGGCGCCCUGGUCGUCUCUCGGACGACGAUUUCGGCGGUUGCACGGCCGAAUGCGAUGGCUUAUAGAGCCAGCGUUACAAAUGCAUUUGGCAAUUUGAAACAGCGAUUUCGUCAAUUAUAUCAUUUUAAAUUGCGGGAUAUAAUUCGAAUGGUUCAGGUUGUGCAUGCGUGUUGUGUUUUGCAUAAUAUGGCAAAUGCUAAUGAUCUUCAGUUAUUUGAACCACCUGUCAAUGAAAAUCAACCAGAUCCUGAUGCUGUAAAUGCACGGAUCAAUAUGGCUGUAGAUGCCGAUAUACCUCAAGAUAAUCAACAAGGACGAGAACUUAGAGACGAAAUAUGUAGACAGCUUGCUGCACAAGCACAAUAAAUAACUCGAUAACUGUAUUCAUAUAUAUAUAUAUUUAUUAUAUU